AGAAGGAUCUGCAGGUGUCUCAGUCUGCAGCAGUCGGAGAGAAGCUGUUCUUGGAGCAACCAUGACGUCUGCACUGAUGGCUCGGGUUUGGCUCGUCUUCAUUCUAGCCCAGCACAACAACGCAGAGAGACACCGGUGCGCACGUGGGCGUUCGACCGACCAGGACGAGUUUCACGGCGGCAGCGUGAGGCAGUUUAGGUCGGUGACUGAUGACCUGAAGGACCGUCGCCCCCCCACGUUGGUUCGGAAUUUCCUCACAGAAUUCUUGACCAACAAAGGAGGUGCAAUUAAACAGUGGAAGACCUCCAGUACAUUUAUGGAUAUAUCAAAGUUACCAGACGGGGACUCUGGCCAUGAACUGGCAUAUGUGGAUGCUACUGGGAGACUGUGCCCCAAGUUGGCAGCUUGUUACCCGACUUUGUCAAAAAAUGUUCUUAGGCAUCAUGUGAGAAGGGCUCCACAAGAAACAGAUUUCUUUAACAUGUGGUCGAUUGACGAAAUACCUGUUGACCCAUAUGAUCCGGACACGACGACGUCGCCACCACAGACGACACCACAAACAACUGUUGAUCCUGUUACUGAGGACAUUGAUUAUGUCUUUAAUGAAUUUUGGGGACUUCCUGAAAUUCCUGAUGAGCCAUACAUUGGAGUAGAUAUAGUAAUACCAGUGCUGACCACCACCGCGCCGCGACGACCACCACUGGCGCCGGCAACGACCACCACCCCCACUCCGACGACGACCACCACGCCGCCACAGACACCACCACCACAGACACCACCACCGCCACAGACACCACCACCACAGACGACACCACAAACAACUGUUGAUCCUGUUACUGAGGACAUUGAUUAUGUCUUUAAUGAAUUUUGGGGACUUCCUGAAAUUCCUGAUGAGCCAUACAUUGGAGUAGAUAUAGUAAUACCAGUGCUGACCACCACGCUGGCGCCGGCGACGACCACCACCGCGCCGGCUACCACCACUACGCUGGCGCCGGCGACGACCACCACUGCGCCGGCAACGACCACCACCCCCACUCCGACGACGACCACCACGCUUGCCCCCCUGACGACGACAAACGCUGCCACGACAACGCCUGAUGGCCCCACCACGGGAACGCUAUAGACCAGAAGUGCCUCGUCCACAAGAUUUUCUUAAAAAUAAACAUCAUUGCAUUACUCA